CUUCCAGUUCCUAUACAACAACAAUACACGCCAGCAGACAGAGGCCAGAGAUGACCUGCAUUGUCCCUGGUGUACCUUGAACUGCCGAAAGCUGUAUAGUUUACUGAAACAUCUCAAGCUGUGUCACAGCCGAUUCAUCUUCAAUUACGUGGUAAUGACUUCUUACACCUUGCUGCAUGAAGUGUUAUAAUGUGACCUAAUUAAUGAGAUCUGUAUACUGCAAUUUAAUACAUUCAUUACAUCCAUGUGGAAUAGAACAGCAUCCAUCAAUAAACACAGUGAUCUAAUUCAUUGAAUUGUUUUUUAUGUCAGGAACCCACAUUUCACUUGCAUUGAAUAAACCGUUGUAUGUAAGCUCCAGUUUAGAUUGUCUGCGAAUAUGAGAUUGAUAAGUAAAUUUUGCCACUGAAUGCUAAGGCCACAUAUGGGGGGGAGGGGAGCUGAUGGGCAUUUUGAGUUCAUCCUAAGAUUUGUGGUACCGUUUAUAAGAGUCUCUCAAACCCAUGUCUGUUUGUUAAAUAGUUAGGCCAUGAACCUGUGGCAUGUCAUGCAAUAUAAAAUUGUACACAUCCAGCUUGUUACAAUUGGAUGACUUUGUGACUGGCUAAUAAGCCUCUCCUACCCAGCCGUUACCUGGAACUCAUGCCCCUUCCUACCCAGCCUAUAGCUGGAACUCCAUGCCCCAUUCCUAACCAGUCUAUUGAUGGAACUAAAUGCCCCUUCCUACCCUAGCCUAUACGUGGAUCUACAUGGCCCUUCCUACACAGCUUAUACCUGGAACUCCAUGCCAAUUCCUACCUAGCCUAUACCUGGAACUCUAUGCCCCUGCUUACUUAGCCUAUACCUGGAACUCCAUGCCCCUGCCUACCUAGCCUAUAGCUAGAACUCCAUGCCCCUGCCUACCUAGCCUGUAGCUAGAACUCCAUGCCCCUUCCUACCUAGCCUAUAGCUAGAACUCCAUGCCUCCUCCUACCUAGCCUGUACCUGGAACUCCAUGCUCCUUUCUACCUAGCCUGUACCUGGAACUCCAUGCCCCUUCCUACCCAGCCUAUACCUGGAACAAUAUACCCCUUCCUACCCAGCCUAUUCCUGGAGCGCCAUGUCCCUUCCUUCCCAGUCUAUAGCUGGACCUCCAUGCCCCUUCCUACCCAGCCUAUACUUGGAUCUACAUGGCCCUUCCUACACAGCCAAUACAUAAAAAUACAUGCCCCUUCCUUCCCAGCCUAUACCUGGAAUUACAUGGCCCUUCCUAAACAGCCUAUACCUUAAAUUACAUGGCCCUUCCUACACAGCCUCUACCUUGCAUUACAUGACCCUUCCUACCCAGCCCAUACCAGGCAAUAUAUAUCUCUUUAUACCCAGCCUUUACCUGGAACUACAUGGCCCUUCCUCCCUAGCCUUUACCUGGAACUACAUGGCCCUUCCUCCCCAGCCUGUGGCUGGAAUUGCUCUUAUUUCCAUCAUUUUGCCACUAGGCUUAAUUCUGUGUAUAGGCCAGGAAGUUGCUUUUAGGAAACUAAACCCAGACAAUAGUGAGGUGUUGGAAUUAUUCUGUUAUUUACUUUUGCACUAUGAGGGAUUUGUCUAGCUCUGUGCAUAAUAAUUUAGAAGUCCUCAUAGAUGUAUAACAUACCUUUAAUAAAACCUGAACAUAAACAGUGUAGAUGCUUACAAACAAAGGCAAGCACAACAAAAAUAACAGAUUAUUGGGUCUUGCUAAUUAUAGGACCUAUGAACAUGGGACCUAAGAAAUGUUCCUUAGAAGAAACAAAAUACAUUGAAAUAGGUAUUAUUUAUUAUUACUUCUCCCUCUCCUUCAAUGUAGAAGUCGUCGUAUAGCUCAGUAGUGCAGUAAUGGGUUUAUUUCCAAAGCUGAAAACUCACAAGGGAAUAGCACGUUAUACAAAAUAGCAGAGCUGGGAAAUAGAUGAAUUGAAGAAUAAUUUUCUGCUCCGCUAUUGUCAGAAAUGUGCAAUUGUCAAGUCUCCACAAUUCUUGGUUUAGUGAAUAAAGUCUCUUGUAUAGGAAAAAAGCCUGUCUGUCUCAAAUCUAGCUGAUGCUCUUUUGAGCGCCUUUUAGGGAGGGGUUGAAGUGUCGUUUCACAGUAGAAUAGGGGCUUUUGUUGCUGGUUCUGAUGGUUGUCUAAUUAGCCCCAUAGUUCUCCAGUGCAGCUCAUACCUAUCAUUACCUUUCCAGCACUGAGAUUUGUUGCGUUACUAAGAGUAAGAUAAAGACUACUUGUACUUAUGUGUAGCUGUCAAGUAGGCACAACUUGGCAGUGGGUGGAUCUUAAAGGGACACUCAAGACCCCUAAAGCACUUUAGCUUGCUUGAAGGCCUUUGUGUGUGAAGAGUGUUUUCUCUUUUUUUCAUUUUGCAAAAAGUGCAGCUUUCAGUAGAAAUUGACACUUUUAUAAAUUUAACCUGGUAACACCCCCUUGGCUUUCAAACUGACAACGGGCUCCUGUUACUUCCUGGUUUGGUUAGCUCAGAGGCAAAAAUUGCCCAGAGCACCUGCCUUGUAAAGACUUUUUAUUGAGUUGCAUUGGGAAGUCAGUGAUUGGACAGCCACAGGAAGUCUGGACGGGGGUUAGAAAGGUAAAGCAACAGACACGAGAAAUGCAGGUAUUGCAAACUGUUUAUAAAUAUAUCCCCAAUGAAAGAAAAUACAUAAUUAAAUACAGGCAAGUUUUUUUUAAUUUGGGGUAUAUCUACUAAACAUUGAUUUUUAUUAAGUUUGUAUUUGGAGUGCUCUUUUAAGCGAAUUUCCGUUUUAGCUGCACAUCCAAUUUACCCGCAAUCAAUCAGUGAAAUGAUACCCACGAAGGGCAAACACUAGACAUCAGCUGUGUUGAGUGUGAGGAACAGGGGAGCUGUGUUUACAUACUUUUUAUAUUUAUUGUGUAUUCUUGUUUUGGGUAUUUUUAUCCCCCCCCAGUUUCCAGAACUAGCUGUAAUUGAGGGGUUGGUGGGUUCAGUUAUUUGAAUAGCUGCUUCCUGUCUUUUGUGACUGUUCCCUGCAUACAAAUGUUUUGUUUUUCAUGAGAAAAACAACAUAAUAAGCCAUUUAUUUAUACGACAGAAAGAGACUCUGAUAAGCAGAAUUUGUACUGAGAUCUUCCAUUCACUUAGUGUCCUUGAAGCAUUGGUCCUCAGAUUGUUUUGUGCAGUACCUUUUUAAUUACAAAGUGCUUUACUCUCUUCCUUUGUCACCUAAGUACAGGCUACAGUAAUGGGAAUUGUGCAGUAGGUGCAUAUUUAGAGCGUGUGAGUAUGGCUUGACUAUUUUAACAGUUUCCAGGUUUGUGUCUUCCUGUGUUAACCAGUUAGCCUUCUCUCCUGAUUCCAGAGCGAGCUCCACAACAAGGCAGUUCUUUCUUAUCUGCUGUCCUCAGAAUCGCUGUCUGUACUUGGUAUUUUAUAUUUACUUGUCUACUUUCCACCCAGCGUGUUUUAUUUAAGCUGUAUUCACUGGUAAAACACUGCUGCGUACCGUCUGUGCUGUCAUAGGUCUGAUUGUUUAUUUCUAUUCUAGUAUCAUCCAAAAGGUGCUAGAAUUGAUGUUUCCAUCAAUGAGUGUUACGACGGAUCAUAUGCAGGAAACCCUCAAGACAUCCAUCGCCAGCCUGGGUUUGCCUUCAGCCGAAAUGGUCCAGUUAAAAGGACGCCCAUUACACACAUUCUUGUGUGCAGGUAAUGAUCUGUUAGUUAAAAUAGCCACUUUGCAUAAAAGCUUUAAGACCUCAGCGACCAGUAGAAAACAAGUCUUUUAAACGGAGUGACAUUUGUUUACUGUGGUACGUAGAAAAAUAUAAAUAAAAAAUCUACUAUUCUUUUGCAGGCCCAAACGUACAAAAGCCAGUAUGUCAGAGUUUCUGGAGUCUGAAGAUGGAGAAGUGGAGCAGCAAAGGACCUACAGCAGUGGGCAUAACCGCCUGUACUUCCACAGCGAUACCUGCCUUCCCUUGAGGCCACAGGAAAUGGAGGUGGACAGCGAAGAUGAGAAAGAUCCUGAGUGGCUACGGGAAAAAACUAUUACUGUAAGUUUUGUUUUGUUGUGUUUUUUUCACCUACAAUACUCUGUCCUCAUUUAUUGUCUUUCGAGUACCACAAACCUCCACAGUGAAUAACUCUCCUUCAGCAAUGGCAAGUCUUUAAAGGCGACUAAAGAUACAUGUGUUAAUAUUCACAGUGAAUAUUUAUUCCAAAUGAUAAUUAAAUGUAAGCCGGUAUUAUUUGUAUACACAUUUGCCCAAUUUUAUGCUGGAAGUACAGAAAGUGCAGUAAACAUACUGCAUUUAUAUUUUUAUUUCUGAAAUUGUCAUUUUUCAUUUUGUUAAAAAAAUUUUUUAACAAACAAUACACAGGAAGAAAAAUCUAUCAAAUAUGUAUAAAAUAUAUAGCACUAACUGCUGCUUAGCACUUUACAGGUUACAUUAGAGUAGAGGGAGGUACAGUAAGUGCAAUAGAUAUAAAGUGUGUGUGUGUGUGUGUGUGUGUGUGUGUGUGUGUGUAUAUAUAUAUAUAUAUAUAUAUAUAUAUAUAUGUGUGUGUAUAUAUAUUUUUUUUUUUUUUUGUAGAUAGCACUAACAGGUGUACCCAGCACAUUAUCGGUUACAUUCAAGUAAAGGGAGGUACAAUAAGCAGUAGGUAUAUAGUGUAUGUAUAUUUGAUUUAUAUAGCACUAACUGGUUGCCUUACAGUAGAAAGGAAGUGCAAUUAUACCAUGUAAUUUUGGAUAUGUGGCUGUGUGUUAACACACUUUAUUGUAAGCUCGGUAGCCAGAAUGUGUAAUAAAUAAUGCAUAUGAUCACUGAUGAUAGCCCUGUAUGGUGUCUUCAUGUUAGUGCUCAAUACAAACAUUGGUUUCCUUCUUUUAGCAAAUUGAGGAAUUCUCUGAUGUUAAUGAAGGAGAGAAGGAAGUCAUGAAAAUGUGGAACCUGCAUGUCAUGAAACAUGGGUAAGUAACAAAUCUGCAUGUCAUGAAGCAUGGGUAAGCACUAUAGCUGCAUGUGGUCUCUUCUUUAUAGGCAGGAGCUAGUGGUUAAUCCUUUCCAGCCAUAACCUAAUCUCUCAUAGCUUUCUGCUUUUAACCCCUAAUGCCUGCAGGGAUUAGACCUUGUUAACAGCGGCUACUAGUUAAUCUCUUUUGACCCCAAGUUCCAAAACCCAAUCUAGAAUAUUGUGUACGGUUCUAGAGCUUAUACUCAGAGGGGCUACACUAGAGAAUAUAAAAAUAAGCUAUUGAAAUAAUACAGGUUUGUACCAAAAUACAUAUCAAGAAAGUUUAAACACCCUAAGUAAAAUGGAUACUUGUGGCAGGAUAGAAACGGUCAAAUAUUUCAAAGGAUUUAACCGUGCAAAUGGGUGGUGUUUUCUGUUGAGACUUGUGCACUAGAACUAAGACACAUGAUAAAAAAUUGUAGGUAAUACAUUUUAUGGAAUAGCAAAAUGAUGGCUUCAACUGCCGGUAGCUGAAUUCUGGGAGAUGGCUAUAGUAGGGAAAAAGUCUUGCCACCUGUAAGAAGAGGGAUACAUUAGUAUGUCCAUAAAUAUAUUUAGUUUUGUUUAAAGGGACACUCCAGUGCCAGGAAAACUGCAGGUCCCCUCUCCCUCCCAUCCCCGGUUGCUGAAGGGGUGAAAACCCCCCUUCAGUCACUUACCUGAGACCCCCGCCGAUGUCCCUUGGUGGUGGUUUCUGCUCGCCGCUGCCGCUCUUCCUAAUGUCAGCCGGUGGGCGAGACUGAUCCCGCCCGCCGGCUGAGGAGACCUAAUGCGCAUGCGCGGCAAUGCUGCACAUCCGCAUUAGAGCUCUCCAUAGGAAAGCUUUCAAUGCUUUCCUAUGGGGAAUUGAGCGACGCUCUAGCACAGAAAACCCGUGCUAUGGAGCAGGAAGUGCCCUCUAGUGGCUGUCUAGUAGACAGCCAUUAGUGGAGGACUUAACCCUGCAAGGUAAUUAUUGCAGUUUAUAAAAAAAAAAACUGCAAUAAUUACACUUGCAGGGUUAAGGGUAGUGGGAGUUGGCACCCAGACCACUCCAAUGGGCAGAAGAGGUCCUGGGUACUUACAGUGUCCCUUUAAUGAGAGAUUAGCAUGUGAGGCUGCAUACCUAACCUAUGUCUUUUUAUCGUGCAGGUUCAUUGCAGACAAUCAGAUGAAUCAUGCUUGUAUGCAGUUUGUGGAAAACUACGGGCCCAAAAUCAUCAAGAAAAACCUGUGUCGAAACUUUAUGCUCCAUCUAGUGAGCAUGCACGAUUUCAAUCUCAUCUCCAUAACUACCAUAGACAAAGCUGUCUCCAAACUGCGGGACAUGCAGUAUAAGAUGGAGAAAGGUGAAUCUGUCAGUGCUUCUGAGGAGCAAAAUGAGGAACCGCAUGGACCUACAAACGGAUAUAGCGAGACCAAUGGCAGAGACAAGACUCUGGAAAUUGACAGUGUCUCAGGGGUACCAAAACAGAGCAAAAAGCAAAAGCUCUGAAUCUUUAAAGAAACGCUCUGAACUGUGACAGCUUAGAUGGAGUUUAGCGAACCAUACAGUUCUAUGCAGACCAGCAACAUCAAGAGUAAAACUCUGAAUCCCAUGUCCAAUCACUGGGAUGAGCGAUGUUGGGGAAUCUCGGAGUUAGGCACAAAGAGCAAUACAUCAAACAAGUUGUAGCCUUUUUUACUAUCUAGUGUCUUCUGCUGAAUUUAUCAAUUUAACUUAAAGCAGCAAAGACUGUUAUAUAUUCUGGUUUCUGUCUGUGUACCACUAAUGUUGUGGUAGUCUUAUCUUGGGAUAACUGUCAUUUUUGGCUGCAGAGCAGGCAGCCAAGAACAUUUAAUUUUCCACUCCUCCCACUUUGCUUCCAACUGGACUAUAUCUCCCCCUUUUUGUUUUUUUUUUACACUUUUUAAAAUUUCUUUUAUUGCAAAGCAGCUACAGAGCAGAAAGUUUUAGGUCAAAUAACACUUCUACUUCUGGUGUCUGUCAGUAUAAUCCCUCCUAUCCACUUGUUUUCAAUGUCUACACAUUAAAUGAGAUCCUGUUUUUUUGUCAUGAAAAUUUUCAGCAACCUUUCCCCCUCUUGCCAUUGUCAGUGGACCUGCUUUUUUAGCGGAAAAAUUCAUUAUUUACUUUUCAAUUAACUUCAACACCUUUUUGUGUAGUUAUUUAUUCCUGUUGGCCAAAUCAGAGAGGAUUUCUGCAUGAACCAGGCGUGUAAAUUGGAAAAUGUGCUGUAAAAUGAACCACACAAUGUGUUGCACUUUGUAAGAUUGUUUUGCAAUGAAUUGUAUGUAGAUUAGAUGCUCCUUUACAUGGGAGGUAGUGUUCCUACCGUUCAGGAUUUUCCUGGGAAUUAAUAGCAGGAAUGAUUGCCCCUCCAUCCUGAAAGUGUUGGAGUUUGGUAGCUACCUGCUCAUGUGUCUGGCUCAGUAAUCCUCACAUAAGGAUUUAUAGCACAACUUAAAAUGAAACUAGACCUUUAAUGAUUGGCUUGUAAGAGAAGUUACGUGAAGAACUUCUUGGUUCUAUAUCACAUUAUCCCCAGGAAAUAAAACCAAUUCAUUUUGCUUUUAAAGUAAACAUAUAAGAAAUUAGGGCUAAUAAUUGGAAGAUUGAUAAAUGAGCAGUUUAGUCACAGUACACUAUUUCUGCACAUUCAGUUGUAGAUUUUGUUUUAUAUUGUAUGAUUUAAUUGUUUGUUUCCGUUUGGGGGUAAAAAAACAAAACUUUACAAUCAAAUGAAUUGUCUUCUAGAUUUUACAUUUCAUCAUUUUAUUUAUAAACAAAUGUUGCUGCUCUAAAUACAGGUAUUUUUAUUUCAUCCACCACUUUUUUUUUUUUUUUUUAUAUUGAGGUGUUGACUUAAUUUUUUUUUAUAAAAUUGUACAUAACCAUUUGGAUGGUCUUAAAGAUUUAUGUUAAUUGUGAGCUAUUUAAGUGUGCAGUUGUGAUUUGUCACCCAGUUAUAGCAUUCCUAGUCACUGCUGUUUGUGUAAACUUAGGAAAGGUUUUUCAGUGUGAUCUGCUGAUGUUCUGGGAGGAGUCUCAUCUUGUUUGCUUGGAGUGGACACAAGCAUUCCACCCCACCCCCAUUUUGGCUUUAACCCCUUUUGAUUCUAAUCUUGCUAUACCUGUCUGAUAUAUGGGAAAAAAGAAAGAAAGGAAAAAAAAAAAAAAGCGCUUCAAUGUACUUAGAUAUUCAGCUUCGGUAAUUUCUUAAGCUAUUUUGCUUAAAGUCUGGCAUUGUUUGCACAAGGCAUGGUGAUGGAGCAUUCCCCUCCACUUUCAUUUGGAAAAAAGUAAUGAAAUCUUUUGUCCGGUUAACUUGUCAUGUUCAUUUCUAAUAAAAGAUAAAAAAUAAUGUGUACUCAUGUUUGAUGCCCUUUAUUGUAGGACACAAUUUUUC